CCCAUCACCUAUUCUCAACCAUCCCCGCCUCUGGAAACCAUCUUUCUUGAAAGGAACAUCACAGCGCCCCUGCGUCUGGGCAGCGUGGAGCGUGGUCCCCUCCAGAGAGGUGCACGGAUCUGCGUCCUGUGUUGGGACAGCACCAAUUGCCUCUCACAGAGAGACGGGGCCCCGCACGGCUGAAGGACCCCUCCUUCAUCUGUGCCAGACUGGGGGGCAGGGAAUCAGAGAGAUUGAAGAAGAUGUUUCUUACUGACACAGAGUGGACAAGAAUGUUAUUUAGUCUCCGGUGUGUGACAUGCGCCGUCUGGAGGACAGUCACCGUCUGCCACCAUGCAGUGCCAUUGAGGUGUCACUGGCAGAGCUCCCUCCGUGCACGUCUUUCUGAAUGGGGUCGACUCUGUCUUUCCCCGCACGAUGUCCAUGCCGACAUGUUCUUGAGCUCGUGUGAAGGUGCAAACCAGCCACACCUUCCCCAGCCCACGUUCACCUCACCCGAGUGCCCUAGACCCCACCCCGGUGGCGGUUCGGGCUUCACCCUUCCCGGCAGUCCCGCGUUUCCAGGAAGGAGGGGCCCCUCCCCUCUCCCCCAGGGCUCCCGACUCGCGCCGGGGAGAGAGCCUUCACCGAAGGCCUUCUGCCUGGACAGCCCAGGGGACGACCUGGAGGGGCAGCACGAGGGGAGGCGAGUGGUCUGGAGAAGUGGCAGUGAGAAUGUUUAAGGCAAGGGCGGCCGUCUUGGGCUCCUCUUUGGAGACGCUCUGAAAGGAAGGGAAGAGGCCUUGGGACUUUGCCCGGCCGGGGUCGGCUCUGCACGCCCUGUCCUCUUUCUCUUUCGUUCUUUGAUCGUGGAAUCCAUGUUGCCCAGGAAAGGACACUGACCGAGAGGGAGGGAGACAUGGACGCCGAUGGCCGCAGCCACACUCUGCCACCGUGGCCCCCGGGCUCCUGCAGUCCCGGGUGGGCGAGGAUGCCCGAAAAUGUCCCCUUCUCUCCGCUGCCCACCCGUCGGAGACAGUCAGCUUUGAGGCUGAGGAUGUCUUGCCUUCCAGGCACUCUGAGCUCUGCAAAUACAGAAGGCUCUGGAGAGGACAACAGAAGUGGCUGCGAAUCGUCUGCUGGCGCCCCACGCGGGACAGAUCAAGAGAGGUUUUCAGAGGCUGGAGGGUGUGCGUCGGGGCCCAGCAGAGACCUCCGCCAGGUGCAGACCCAUGGGGUGCGUGACUGGGCCACGGCCCUGAUCGCAGACAGUGGGCAGUUGUCGGACCCCGGGGGGCCGAGCCAUGCCUCCUCUGCUGCCCAUGGACUGUCCCCCUCCAGCAGGGCCUUCUUGUCCCGGUGGUCUGUGCACAGGCCCCUCCAGAACCACGCAGGAGAAGGGGGGCCUGUGGACAGGAGGACCGCCUGGGCCAUGGUGCCUCCGUGGAAGGACCUCGAGGGAGAGCGCCCCGCAGGGGCCCUGAGCGCGGAGGGCACACCCCUCUUCUAUCCCGACCCCCUGCUUCUGCCCACUGCCGAGGCCUCGGCCUCCGGAGUCCUCCGCCGCCCCCUGCACCGGCAGCCCUGUUCCGAGGAGGUUCUGGGAGACGGCGUGGUCGGCCUCUGUGAGGUUCAGGCGGAGGCUGCGCGGGAGAGCCUGCAGCAGGAAGCCCCCCUCAGGCAGCGGCCAGACCAGCCCAAGAACAGGCCGCUCCUGCUGGACGACAUGCUGAUCCUGGACUUGAAGCUCAGACAGCUCAUGAAGCAGGUCGGCGACUUCCUGGACAGGAACACUCCGCAGAACGAAGAGGGCCUGCAGCAGAAGAGGAUGCUGAGCCCCCUGCUGCCGUCCUGCGUGGCUGCCACCAGCUGUUUCCUGGACCGCCCAGGCUCACCCCAACCCCCACCCCCGCCUCCCAACUCCCCCUCCUUCUGCUAGGCCAGUCCCCCAGGAGGCUGGCCCAGGAGGUUCUGGGCCCCCGCAUCUCCCAAGCAGGACCCCCUGGGCUCGUCCCCGCCAGUCGGACCAGAUGCCUGAGCCUCCUUCCCGAGACUUGCUCACGCUCGCAGCUGACCCCGCACACGUCAGGCCUGAGGCCGCCAUGCUGCCCGCGAGCAGACGGCAGGGCCUGCCUCUCCCCAUGUCGUGCUAGGGCAGGAGCGCCCAGUCCCCCACAUGCGCUCCAGGCUCCAUGACCCCUUCCCAUGAGCAGGACUGUGGCUGGACUGCGCAACUGCAAAGGGCAUGGAGUGUCCCUCUGGUCGCUGCGCUACCCUGUGUGGUCAUGGCAGGCAGGACUUCUCGGACACCGUCCGCGCUGGGCCGAUGAAGCACGAGGGCCGGGCCGGGACCCACAGGCGGCCACUCAACUGCCACAGCCUCCGGCCCUCGGCCCACAGGGAGCAGGGCCCUCAGGCCGGGCUGCAAAAGCACGAGUUCUGCCUACGGUGUGAGCCCAUCCCAGGCACUCGGACCCCGACACCGGGACGGCGGUCCCUGCCCCUGCCCGCGGCAGCAUCCUGCUGGCCCGGACACUCGGACGCCG